ACGAUUUACAUUAGCUAUCUUCUUCGUCUCCGGGACUGAGACCGCUCUCUCUUCCUUAUCCUCCAUCUUCCAAUGGUUUAAUCCAGCAACUGUCGACGAUGUCGAUAACGUACUCCGCUAUUUCCUCUAGUACAGUUUCUGGGUUUUCACCAAAAAGUGUACCUUUUGCUAUUCAUAGCGUAACCAGGAGGCAAUUUCUUAAUCCCAACACGUUUUAUAGAUUUGGGUUCUCUCCUUCUCUUCAGGGAAGUAGCAUUGAGUUUAGCCUUCAGUUGAAUUCAAGAGUUGUGCUUAGUAAAGAGCGUCGAUCUCUGCCAUUAGUUGUGAGAAAUGAUCGUCCUCAGAAUGAAGACUUACCUAAGCAGUACACAAGGCGAGAGAAGAAACCUUUCCCAGUCCCUAUUGUGGACCUGAGACGAGCUGCGAGGGAGAGAGUCAAGAACAACAAAGACAAACCUAAGAGACCUCUACCUCCGCCUAAAAAUGGUAUGGUUGUGAAGAGCCUUGUGCCUCUUGCUUAUAAAGUAUACAAUGCAAGAAUCAGAUUGAUCAACAAUCUCCACCGGCUUAUGAAAGUUGUUCGUGUUAAUGCUUGUGGGUGGUGCAAUGAGAUUCAUGUUGGACCUUAUGGGCAUCCAUUUAAGUCGUGUAAAGGUCCCAAUACUUCCCAAAGGAAAGGUCUUCAUGAAUGGACUAACUCGGUUAUUGAGGACGUUAUUGUUCCUCUUGAAGCCUAUCACCUUUUUGACCGCCUUGGCAAGCGUAUCCGUCAUGAUGAAAGAUUCUCGAUUCCCCGAGUUCCUGCUGUAGUUGAGCUCUGCAUUCAGGGCGGCGUUGAAAUACCCGAAUUUCCAGCAAAAAGGAGAAGAAAACCGAUUAUCCGCAUUGGCAAAAGCGAGUUUGUUGAUGCAGAUGAAACUGAAUUGCCUGAUCCAGAGCCUCAGCCUCCUCCAGUGCCAUUGUUAACUGAGUUACCUGUCUCAGAGAUCACUCCCCCAUCUAGCGAAGAAGAAACAGUCUCCUUAGCCGAAGAAACAUUACAGGCCUGGGAAGAAAUGAGAGCAGGAGCCAAAAAGCUGAUGAGGAUGUACAGGGUUAGGGUCUGUGGGUACUGUCCAGAGGUUCACGUAGGUCCAACGGGACACAAGGCCCAGAACUGUGGUGCAUUCAAGCACCAACAGCGGAAUGGCCAGCAUGGUUGGCAAUCUGCAGUACUUGACGACUUGAUACCGCCAAGAUAUGUUUGGCAUGUUCCUGAUGUGAAUGGGCCACCGAUGCAGCGAGAGCUACGAAGCUUCUACGGGCAAGCACCUGCUGUUGUGGAGAUAUGUGCUCAGGCUGGCGCUGUUGUACCUGAGCAUUAUAGAGCUACAAUGAGACUGGAGGUUGGAAUUCCUUCGAGUGUGAAAGAAGCUGAGAUGGUUGUUUGAUAUGUAGAAGACCUUGUAAACUUCUUCUUGUACAAAAUCCUCCAUUCCACCUUGUGUUGUAUAAUAAUAUCACAGCCCAGGUCUUUUUGACUUUUGAAGGACAAAAAAAACAAUCCACGCUAAUCCUAUUAUCAAGGGUAAAAAUGUCAUUUGCUUCGUUUUCAUCUUUUCU